CAAAAAUUUAGGUUGAUCGUUUUGAGUUUCAAGACAACACCAUGGCAUUUGCUCGUGCAGCCGGUAUUUUAUCUAAAUUUGCACCCAGCAAGUGUCCUAUAUUUGCAGGUCAUGCCAGUAGAAGCCUUUCCGUGUCCUCAACCUUGGCAGCUCGAACACAUGUCAGCUACGAGCUCAAGGAUGAUGUGGCAGUUAUACGACUCAAUGAUCCCACGUCCAAGGUGAACACCCUGUCAGAGCAGCUGCAGUCGGAGCUGACAGAGGUGAUGGGAGAGAUCUGGUCCAACGGAGCGGUGAAAAGUGCAGUCCUCAUCUCCAGCAAACCAGGCUGCUUCAUAGCCGGGGCAGACAUCAACAUGAUUUCGGCGUGUAAGAGCAGCCAGGAGGUGACGCAGCUGUCACAGGAGGGCCAGAAGAUGUUUGAUAAGAUUGAGAAAUCACCCAUCCCCAUUGUGGCUGCUAUCAACGGAUCCUGCCUGGGUGGAGGCCUAGAAUUUGCUUUAGCUUGCCAGUACAGAGUGGCCACCAAGAGCCAUAAAACCAUCCUGGGCACACCAGAAGUCAUGCUGGGACUGCUGCCUGGAGCUGGUGGAACUCAAAGACUGCCUAAAAUGGUGGGGCUUCCUGGAGCAUUUGACAUGAUGUUGACAGGCAGAAACAUCAGAGCAGACAAAGCAAAGAAGAUGGGCCUAGUGCACCAGCUGGUUGACCCUUUAGGCCCUGGGGUGAAACCUGCUGAAGAAAGAACGAUCGAAUAUCUUGAGGAAGUGGCUGUAGAUCUGGCCAAAGGAAUCGUCAACAAGAAAGUUCCCCUCUCAAAACAGAAAGGCCUUGUACAAAAAUUGCAGGACAUGGUCAUGGGGCUCGGUCCAGUGCAAAACAAGAUCUACAAAACAGUCAGGGAGAAGGUGCAGAAACAGACGAAAGGCCUGUACCCCGCUCCUGUCAAGAUCAUUGAAUGUGUUCAAGCAGGUAUGGAGAAGGGCAGAGAGACAGGCUAUAAAACUGAAUCUGAAAACUUUGGACAGCUGGCGAUGACUCCAGAAUCCCGGGCUCUGAUUGGCCUGUAUCACGGUCAGGUGACUUGUAAGAAGAACAAAUUUGGGAGUCCAGAGAAGGAAGUGAAAAAACUGGCCAUCCUGGGUGCAGGGCUGAUGGGGGCAGGUAUUGCACAGGUGUCCAUUGACAAAGGUCUAAACACCAUCCUGAAGGACACCACAGUAGAAGGCGUCAGUAGAGGAGAGGAGCAGGUCUACAAAGGUCUCAACACAAAGGUGAAGAAGAGAGCUCUGACGUCGUUCGAGCGCGAUGCCACUCUGUCUAACCUCUCGGCUCAGCUGGACUACUCGGGCUUCCAGACGGUGGACAUGGUGAUCGAGGCUGUGUUUGAGGACAUCAACAUCAAGCACAAAGUCAUCAGGGAAAUAGAAGAGGUGAUCCCUCCUCACUGUGUUUUUGCCUCAAACACUUCUGCUUUACCCAUCAAGGACAUCGCCGCUGCCAGCAAACGCCCAGAGAAGGUGGUCGGCAUGCACUACUUCUCUCCAGUGGACAAAAUGCAGUUACUUGAAAUCAUCACCACAGAUAAAACUUCUAAAGACACACUCGCUUCUGCUGUCAGUGUUGGGCUCAAACAAGGGAAGAUUAUUAUUGUGGUUGGAGAUGGUCCAGGCUUUUACACGACCCGCUGUUUGGCUCCCAUGCUGGCAGAAGCUGUUAGAGUUCUCCAGGAAGGAACUGGACCGAAAAAGCUGGACACACUGACCACAGGUUUUGGUUUCCCUGUGGGAGCUGCAACUCUGGCUGAUGAAGUAGGAAUUGAUGUAGCAGCCCAUGUAGCAGAGGAUCUUGGUAAAGCAUUUGGUUCUCGAUUCGGAGGUGGAAAUGUAGAAGUACUCAAGACAAUGGUGGAGAAAGGUUUUAAAGGUCGUAAAUCCGGCAAAGGUUGUUUUGUCUAUGGAAAGGGCAAAAAGGGCAAGACUGUGAAUUCAGAUGCUGAGAAAAUUCUACAAAAAUUCAAAUUGUCCGCUCCAUCCACAGUAUCCUCAGAUUCUGAUAUCCAAUACAGGCUGGUGUCUCGAUUUGUCAAUGAAGCAGUGCUGUGCCUUCAGGAGGGCAUCCUGACUAGCCCAGUAGAGGGCGACAUUGGAGCAGUAUUCGGCCUGGGCUUCCCUCCUUGUUUGGGUGGUCCGUUCAGGUAUGUGGAUUCAUUCGGAGCGGAAAACCUUGUGAGUAUCAUGAGGAGAUUUGAGGAUGUUUAUGGAAACCAGUUCACACCCUGUCAGCUGCUCCUGGACCACGCCAAGGACCCCAGCAAGAAAUUCCACCACUAAUUCUAAAUAAGGAUCAUCAAAACGAAACUUGGACAAGUUAGUGAGGACGGUCUGUCUUUUAUGUUACUGGAGAGCCUGAAAAUGUUUUAAAAUUUUGUAAUUGUGCAAUAUUUUAGAAAAAUAUACCUCAGUCAAGGAAGUGAAUAACAUUUCUUUCACAACUCUACAAAGAUAGCAUUGUUCAUUUGAGCAACCAUAACUAUCUUUCUGUUUUUAUAACUUGAUUUAGAGUUUACAUUAACAUGCCAUGAUUUAAAUGCAUCAGAUGAAUGCAUGUUUUAAUUUUAUGGCCAAAAUGAUAAAAAUUUUAAGUUGCCAUUGUAUUUUUCAAUAACUAUGAAGCCAUUAUUAAUUAAUUAAUUGGUUUUCUUUACUGACUUGCCAUCUUGAUACGGUAUAUUGUAUAUACUUUUAGCAUUAGUCAUGUUCAGGGAAUUUAUCUAUGUCAUAUUUAUGUAAAAAUACAGGGCUAUAAUAAUAUUAAUAAUAAUACAUAGCAUCAGUUAACGUUGAGCUGUUAGACGGUAUUUCAUAAUAGGGCCAUGGAUUCCACAAAUAUUCAUGUUUUUCUGGCCUGUUUGAAAUCAGUUAUAUUGAAAGUGAAGAAAGAAUGCUUUUACAAGUCUGUGAUGUUCUGCAAAAGUAUGCCUCUUUAUUGGACAGCAGUAUUUUAUCACAUGCAUCAUUAGUAACACUACAGUUCUCUAUCUGUACCAUCUCUCCUGGGUCUACAAAGUGCAGGGCAUGUUUCAAUAUUGUGCUUAGAAAACUUAAAAAUGAUAUUUUAAAGCAACACAACAUCUCUAAUAAAGAACUUACAAUA